UCGUGCACUCAUAUAACGUUACAGUAGCUUGACACCGAAUACACAACUUUCUAACUUCCUGUGACAACAUUCGUCUUACUUUACCUCAUUCUGCAUUAGUCAAAGGAUAUGGUUUUCAUUCAGUGUAUGGUCAUUUAUAUUAUAUGUGGAACGCUAUGGCGCUUUAAAUGAUGAUUUAUCACCGCAGGCUACACCAACAAAGUAAACGAGCAUGCGAACUUGAGUGCAGUCUGCGUGCACUAAAGAAAUAAAGAGCAGCAAGGCAAACAGUGGGCAGAUUUUGUAUUAAUCCCGCGUCUGGAUCAUAGGGUAGUGGCAGUGGCACGCGCGCUCUGUACACAUUUGAAACGGUGAGCGGAAGAUAUCAGCCGAAAAUCUCACCUGGUACCCCGUGAACACAGCUUUACGUCGUGGAUUUAUAUCGUGGAAGGUUUUAUCGUUGCGCGCAAUGGGAGAAGGAUGGAAGUUAGUGAACUGCACGCGCUGUGGUUCCCUAAAUCCGGUUUUAUGACACGAAGUUUUUCGGGGGUUUACCUGUUGUGAUUAACGUUACAGAGCCAUGGAGAAGCGCAAAGGACUGUUGUUUUUUCUUUUUUACUUGAUGUCAAAGUUUUACCUUAGUGACCAGCAAGUCAUAAGAAUCGGAGGCAUCUUUGAGACGCGGGAGAAUGAGCCUGUCAGUAUGGAUGAACUCGCCUUUAAAUUUGCUGUUACUAGCAUUAACCGAAACAGAACCUUGAUGCCAAACACCACGUUGACCUACGACAUCCAGAGAGUGAACCUCUUUGACAGUUUCGAGGCCUCGCGAAGAGUAUGUGACCAGUUGGCCCUGGGGGUCGCGGCGGUCUUCGGGCCCGCUCAUAGCUCCUCAGUCAGCGCCGUCCAAUCCAUUUGCAAUGCCCUGGAGGUGCCACACAUCCAGACCCGCUGGAAACACCCGUCUGUGGACAAUAAAGACAAUUUUUACAUUAACCUCUACCCAGAGUACACCUCCAUAAGCAGGGCUAUUCUGGACAUUGUCGUUUUCUACAAAUGGAAGUCUGUUACCGUGGUGUAUGAGGACAGCACAGGAUUAAUGCGCAUGCAGGAACUGAUCAAAGCUCCUGCGAAAAACAGCCUGAAGAUCCGCAUUCGCCAGCUGCCUCCGGGAGGAGGUGACUCUCGCCCCCUGCUGAAAGAGAUGAAGAAGGAAAAGGAGUUUUACAUCAUCUUCGACUGCUCCUACCAAGUAGCUGCCGAACUUCUGAAACAGCUGAUGUCGAUGGGUAUGAUGACUGAAUACUAUCACUUCUUCUUUACUACUUUGGAUUUGUUUGCUCUGGAUCUCGAGCCGUACCGUUACAGUGGGGUCAACAUGACGACCUUCCGUCUUCUGAAUCUAGACGAGCCGUAUGUGGCAUCUGUGAUCCAGAAGUGGUCCACUGAGCGUCACCUGGCGCCACCCAAACCUGACAGCGGAUUGAUGAGCGGCAUAAUGACUACAGAAGCUGCGCUGAUGUAUGAUGCGGUGUUCAUGGUCACUGUGGCGUCCCAGCGGGCGACACAAAUGACCGUGAGCUCCUUGCAGUGCCACAGACACAAACCCUGGAGGUACGGCCCGCGCUUCAUGAACUUGUUUAAAGAGGCCCAAUGGGAUGGUUUGACAGGACGAAUAGUCCUUAACAAGACUGAUGGUUUGCGCAGAGAUUUCAACUUAGACCUCAUCAGCCUCAAGGAGGACGGGACGGCUAAGCGUUUGCCCGAUGGUGCGUCACGUCCCACUAAAUUAUGGACAAAGAUUGGUGUGUGGAACUCUUACACGGGCCUCAGUCUGACCGAGAGGAAGGACAACAACAAUAUUACAGACUCACUGGCUAACAGGACACUUAUUGUCACCACAAUCCUGGAGAACCCAUACGUUAUGUUUAAAAAGUCAGACAAUGUGCUGUAUGGGAAUGAUCGGUUCGAGGGCUAUUGUCUCGACCUGCUAAAGGAGCUCUCCAACAUCCUGGGAUUCACUUAUGAAGUGAAGCUGGUCUCUGAUGGGAAAUAUGGAGCGCAGAAUGAUAAAGGAGAAUGGAAUGGGAUGGUUCGGGAGCUAAUUGACCACAUAGCUGACCUGGCAGUGGCUCCGUUGACCAUCACUUACGUCAGAGAGAAAGUUAUCGACUUUUCCAAACCCUUCAUGACCCUGGGCAUCAGCAUACUGUACCGCAAACCAAACGGCACCAACCCAGGGGUGUUCUCCUUCCUGAACCCGCUCACCCCUGACAUCUGGAUGUAUGUGCUGCUGGCCUGUCUGGGAGUGAGCUGUGUGCUGUUUGUAAUAGCCAGGUUCACUCCGUAUGAAUGGUAUAAUCCCCACCCGUGCAACCCGUCGUCUGAAGUUAUCGAAAACAACUUCACACUGCUCAAUAGUUUGUGGUUUGGAGUCGCGGCUCUGAUGCGUCAAGGAUCUGAGCUGAUGCCCAAAGCACUGUCCACCAGAAUCGUGGGAGGGAUUUGGUGGUUCUUCACUUUAAUCAUCAUAUCUUCCUACACGGCCAACCUGGCUGCUUUCCUCACAGUGGAGAGGAUGGACUCCCCCAUUGAUUCUGCAGACGAUUUAGCCAAGCAGACUAGAAUUGAAUACGGAGCAGUGAGAGAUGGGUCCACGAUGACUUUCUUUAAGAAAUCAAAAAUUUCAACAUAUGAGAAGAUGUGGGCAUUUAUGAGCAGCAGGAAGAACACAGCGCUUGUGAAGAAUAACAAAGAAGGGAUCACAAGAGUCCUGACCACAGAUUACGCCCUCCUCAUGGAGUCCACCAGCAUAGAGUACAUCACCCAGAGGAACUGUAACCUUACUCAGGUCGGAGGACUGAUAGACUCUAAGGGCUACGGCGUUGGGACCCCCAUAGGUUCACCCUAUCGAGACAAGGUGACCAUCGCCAUCCUGCAGCUACAAGAGGAAGGAAAGCUACACAUGAUGAAGGAGAAAUGGUGGAGAGGUAACGGAUGUCCUGAAGAGGACACCAAAGAGGCCAGUGCCCUGGGUGUGGAAAACAUCGGGGGCAUCUUCAUCGUCCUCGCCGCUGGUCUUGUGUUGUCUGUGUUCGUGGCCAUCGGAGAGUUCGUCUACAAGUCACGCAAAAACAGCGACAUUGAAGAGGCUUUCUGCUUCUUUUACGGAGUCCAAUCCCGGCAGCUGGAGAGGAGUGAUUCCAUCUCCUCCACUGGCACCUCCUUAUCAACAGAUUUAGAGAGCGGGCGGCUCCUCGGGGAUGACAUAUGUUCUUCACAUUAGCCCACACUCAUAUCCGUAAGGGCUGUGCGUUAUUUGAAGGGAUAAAGUAAACUCCUUUCCAUCCACUGGUUCCUUUCGAACUGUCUUCCCAAACCCUUGACCUCAAUCCGUUGCCCAUACGACAAGAAAUUUAGUACGGUUUUUAAGGAGAUGAGAAACGCUUAUGUUUAUGUGCAGACAGAUAAUAAAUAUAGUGCACUUGGAAACUUUUAUUUACUGCAGGAAAAUCUUUUGAUUGAAAUUCAAGACAAAUUUAAAUGUAGAUGUUCUAUAGACCGAUUUGCAAGAAUGUAAACACUGCUCCAAAAGCACUGGUCCAGGUUUCAUUUUUUUAUCUUACAUAAAUAUUCGUUUAGCAUUUUAAUUCGCUAAUACAACCAAAAUGUUCAGUUCUUGUUCAAAGGUUGUGUAAUGUUAAAACUGAAACAUGAAGUUCUUCUGGACCAGCAUUGUUUGCGUCUUACAAAGUGGUCUAUUUAAUAUUUGAUUUCUUCUUGAAAGUUUGAACCAAUCAUGUGGUGCAGCCAAUAAUAUCAAAAAUUGUAUUGAAUAAAAAAUAAAAUAUAUCUUAAAUUUUGUGGCUGGAAUAUAAAUCUCUGAUACAGUAUGCUUAUGUUAUAUUUUCAGAAAAAAAUAUUUUUUAAUUUUGUUAAUUUAACAUAAAAUAACUUAACAAAACUAAAAAUAAAAAGCAAAUACAAAUAAUAUGUUUAAAAAAAUGUUAAGCAUGUCAAGGAAAUGAAUUCAUUUUAAGAUAAAUCACGGUCACACCACAUGACAUUUGAAUGCUAUAACAUACUUUGUAGAUGAAAAACAAAAAUCAUUUAAUGUACAUUUUUAAACUGCAUUUAUGUGUACACCACAUUCUUAAUGUUUGAAUAACUGCACUUUUUUGGCAUGUCGAAAAUCAUUAUACGUCAUUGACCCAUAUAUGCCCAGAUUUUAGACAAGGAUCCAUGGAGAUCUUUAUGAAAUACCAUUAUCAUAACAGCAGCUGCAUUUCCUGGGGAUCAAACCCAUGACCUUGGCAUUACUCUACCAGCUGCAGUAAACCGUGCUUUAAUAUAACAAAGAACCACUGAUAUCAAUCUCUUAUUUGUAAUUAACCUUUGCCUUCUGUAUUAGGCAUUGAGAAGACAUCAGUUCAGAUGAGUUUUCAUAAUGACUUGAUCACUGAUGAAUAACGGCGGGCCCUUAAAAAGAAAGAACAAUUAAAGCCUAAGAUUACUGCGCUCGAAAUUAGCCAAAUGGAUGACUAUAAUCAGUGUGGAGCUAAUUCACUGCACACAGUGGAAGUGGUCUUAUCUGCCUCCCACUUCCCCAGUGGCAUUUUCCUUUGGCUUUGCCACUAAACGCCUUAAGCUAUAUUUAAACAUUACAUAACAAACAAGAUCAGCAAGGGGACUGUCAAUCAAAAAAACUGCAUCAUCACAACUCCAUCAAAUCAUAUGUCUAGACAUGUCUAUUGCUCAUACAAGACCUUUGUAUACUGUCACUGAUAUUAAUAUUAAAUGGGCAUGUUUUACUGUGCCGCUCAUGUGAACAAUUCUCCGUAAAUAUGGAUGCAUGCAGUUAAUAUUUUACUUGUGUAGUGCAGUAAAACAACAGUACAAACAUCAAGCCAAGGUGGACAGCAUUGAAUAUGGUCGCGUUUGUGUGUGUUUGCGAGCGCGUCUGCAUGCGCGUGUGUGUAGAGACUCACGCAAGCCCUCGUGUUCUUUUUUUGACAGUGUGUCUCUUUCAGUGCUGUGAUGGAAGAUCUGGGCAUGUCCCUCAGGUGCCACAAGGCAUUGAGGAAGAGAAGCAGACACAGAGGAAAAGCAGGCCUGUCUGGAGUCUU